AUGGAAUAUUUAAUUAACGAUUUAAACUCGACGAAAUACAUUCAUGAUUCAAAAUAUGUACGUUUUGCCAAUAAAUUGGCAAAUGGUUAUCAUUUGGCAUUAAUUACAUCGAUUAAAAUUUUAAAAGUUAAAUUUAAUAAUACGGAAUUAAUUGCCAAAGAAUUACCGUAUAGUAAUUGGUUUCCAUUCGAUUAUCAUGAAACAAAUGCGAAAUUUUUAUAUGCAUGGUUUUAUCAGGCAAUUGUUAUAACAUUUUUUGCUCAUUAUAUUGCAUCGUUACAUUCGAUGAUAGCCUGUAUUAUGAUACAUAUUACUGGACAAUUGCAAGCUGUUGGUGAAGAAUUUCGUAAUAUUAAUAUGCGGUUAAGUGAAGAAGAAAUUUUGAUGCAAAUGAAAAGUUGUAUUAAACAUUUACAAUCAAUAUUGGAGUUAAGUAUUAUUUAUUUCCCAUCGAAUCAAUUAUCAAUAAUAGUUGCAUCAUUAGAUUGGACGGAUCGAAGUAAAGAAUUUAAAACAUGUGUUUAUAUUACCUUGAUGCGAUUACAAAAACCAUUGAUUAUGCAUAUUGGUGGAAUUAUACCCUUGUCACUUGAAACAUUUAUAUCGUAUGGUCGUAUGACAUAUUCCUUGUUUACAUUGGUGGUCCAAGUAACAGAAUAAAAGUAGUCAAAAUCAGUUCAAAAAUAAUAUAUUCAGCUUUU